AUGGAGUGCAGCCCGGUGUUGAGACUUCGGCACGAGUCUUCAUUCUCUCCGUCCUUCUUCGGGCAGGGCUCUGCGGCGCCCCCAAAUCCUGGGGCGGGAGGGACGCAGUUCCCACACUGCGCGGAUCAGGACGGACACUGGACGCCAGGUGACACGGGCUUCGGGAGCUGGCCGGGGAUCCGCUCUAAGCCGAGCCGGGGGUCGGCCUCCAGAAGCCACAACUCCGUCCUGCCCUGGAAGACCUUGGAGCCAGCAGGCACCUGCCCCGGAAAUGCAGGAAUAGGAGCGGAUGACUGGACGUGGGCUGUAGCUGAAAAUGUGCGUCAGGGCUCUGACAGCGGAGGGAGAGGGACUGGCCUGGCUUUUUGUGCAGCAAAAGUUUUAGAAGUAGUUAAGUCGCUAAAGUGCCUCACUUUACCCACUGUGACUAUGGACGAGGGGAGGAAGCCCACUGCCAUGCCAAUACCUGCUUCCGUUUGCCCACCCACUCACACCGGUCCAGGACAGCUGCAUUCUGUCCAUUAUGUGAAGCAGCGGCACGUGGACCCCCCAGCGCCCUGGGAACAGAUGCAUUGGUGUCCUCCCGGCCAUGUCCGGGCCACUCAGACCCCCGGGAUUCUCCUGGGGACAGCUUUUGGCCAGAGCCUCCCAGCAGGUGCCAGGGAGGUAGUGCUGCUCGUGGGAGCCGCCCUCGGCCCUCAGUGGCACCCGUGAUCUUGCCUUGCCCCCAUCCCCCUCCCGUGGGACAACGCCCUGCAUGUUCUGCUGUGGAAUGGAGCCCCAGCUGCCUAGAGUGGUGCCCCUUUCUUCCCUUCCCUGUCUCACUUUCCCCUCUACUGCGGUGUCCUGGGGUCACCUCCCCAAUAAACUACUUGCUUUCAA